UGUGAUCUCGAGCUUUAUUGGUGUUUUGAUCUAUUAUUUGAUAUGGGUUCUGAUUUUCUCCCAAUAAGGAAUGAUACCCCAUUUGGUGGAAUAGAAUGAUGCCCCAUGUGAUAUAAUAGUAUGACGCGUUUGUUUUAAUCUGGUUUUUCCUUGAAAAGUGAACCUUUUUUUCUUUUAUGCAUAUGAGGUGUUUUUGUGAUUUGAUCAUGUGUGAAGGCACACAAGUACCAAGUUCCUAAAUUUGAUUGGAAGAGAGCAAAGGGAAAACCAUGCAGUCUAGGUUGGAGGAAGGGAAGGACCCUGCUUCCAUAAGAACUACUCCCUCUAGGCCCUUCCCUUUGAGACUUCUGCAGUUCUUCUUGCUCUUUUUGGUUAUUGGCUUGGGUGCUUCGUUUCUUAGUAUGUACAUGAUUAGGCAUUUUGGUAUUCAUAACAUGGCUCUGGUACAGUCUACCUUCAAGCCUUGCUUUGAGCAGCCAGCGACCUUAGAAACUUGGAUUAGGCCUCCAUCAGGUUUGAUGCAUAAGAUGAAUGACACUGAACUCUUCUGGCGUGCUUCUUUUGUUCCAAGGAUCAAGAGUUAUCCUUUUAAAAGAGUUCCCAAGAUUGCCUUCAUGUUCUUGACCAAGGGACCCUUGCCACUGGCACCACUCUGGGAGAAGUUCUUUAAAGGGCAUGAGAGGCUUUAUUCCAUCUAUGUUCAUUCACUGCCAUCUUACACUGCUAGUUUUCCACCAUCAUCGGUUUUUUAUAGGAGACUGAUUCCAAGCCAGGUGGCAGAGUGGGGAAUGAUGACUAUGUGUGAUGCUGAAAGAAGACUUCUGGCUAAUGCAUUGCUUGAUAUCUCAAAUGAAUGGUUUAUCCUCUUAUCUGAGUCCUGCAUUCCUCUCCAGAACUUCAGCAUUGUCUACCGUUACAUAUCACGUUCAAGGUAUAGCUUUAUGGGUUCAUUUGAUGAACCUGGUCCUUAUGGGAGAGGACGCUAUGAUGAAAACAUGGCACCUGAGAUCAACAUGAGUGACUGGCGCAAAGGCUCUCAGUGGUUUGAAAUUAAUCGAGAACUUGCUGUUAGGAUAGUUGAAGACAGUACUUACUAUCCUAAGCUCAAAGAAUUCUGCACACCACACAAAUGCUAUGUUGAUGAGCACUAUUUCCAGACAAUGUUAACCAUUAGCACUCCUCAUCUUUUGGCAAAUAGAAGCCUCACUUAUGUGGACUGGUCAAGGGGUGGUGCUCACCCGGCUACCUUUGGGAAGGACGACAUAAAAGAGGAAUUCUUCAAGAAAAUUUUGCAAGACCAGACUUGUCUUUAUAAUAAUCAGCCAACUUCUCUUUGUUUCUUAUUUGCAAGAAAAUUUGCACCUAAUGCUUUGGCUCCUCUUUUAGAUAUAUCACCCAAAGCUCUAGGAAUUUGAGAAGAUCAUGGCUAUCUUUGAAGGAGUGCUGAUUAGAGCAUGUUAGUUAGCUAUCAGCUAACUCCAUUUUAGAGGCAUGAUUCAUCUUCUUCUAUUCUCCCUAUUUUGCAGAAAUUUUGAGUUGUUCCUCCUGCGUUUAGAUGUGUAGGACAAUGAAUCUAAACCACAUUUUAUAGAAGUAUUAGUCAAAAUAUAGACUAAUAUAUAUUGUUGGAUUACUUGUUAAUUAAAUAAAUAUAGUAGUUAUCUUUUUGGAAUAUGUCUUGCCACUAGCACAAGUUAUUUUUCCUGAACAUU